AUGGUGGCACGUGCUGAGCAGCACGUCCAGCCAAAGGCAGCUCACAUCGCAGAGCAGACCACCCUGCGGGUGCUGUCGAAGGCCGUUUUCCCCUCAGAGCUCACCAUCUCUCUCCAGCACGCAAAUGAUUUAUUGUCAACAGAAGAACAAUGGAAGUUCCAACAUCAGAAAAUGCAUGCAAAGCACCAUAGUCAUGUCAUGCUUAUGGAAAUAAUUCUUAUUCUCAUUGCAACCUUGAUUGUUGCCCGGAUUAUACUUAUUCAGUGGAAGCAAAGACACUGUCAGUCAUACAAUUUAGUCACACUGCUGCAGAUGUGGGUUGUUCCUCUUCAUUUCACCAUCAAACUUUACUGCUGGAGAUUUCUGUCCAUGUGGGGAACGUUCUCUGUUAUUACUAGAUCCAUCAUUUUCAGAGCAACUCGCAAGCCUCUCUCAGGAGGGACACCACAGUUGGUAUACAAGCGGUUCCUUCUGAUCUAUAAAUUGAGUUGUGCAAUUGGAAUUGUGGGUUAUUUAGCAAUAACAUUUACCAUGUUUGGAUUCAAUUUAUUCUUUAGAAUCAAGACUGAAGACUCUAUGGGUUUUGGUGUGAUACUGUUUUUUUAUGGGCUGUACUAUGGAGUGAUGGGAAGAGACUUUACAGAGAUUUGUUCUGACUACAUGGCUUCCACCACUGGUUUUUACAAUGUCAGUGGCAUACCAACAAGAAACGUGUCCAAUGACAUCUGUGCAGUCUGUGGGCAGAAAAUAUUUGUGGAUGUAAAUGAAGAAGGGAUCACUGAAAAUACCUACCAGCUGUCCUGUAAUCAUGUGUUUCAUGAAUUCUGCAUUUGUGGUUGGUGUACUGUUGGCAAGAAACAGACUUGCCUAUGCAAGGAGAAAGUUGAUUUGAAGAGGAUCUUAAGUAACCCAUAUUCUUUCCCACACAUGUUGUAUGGGCAACUUUUGGAUUGGCUCCGCUAUCUGGUGGCUUGGUAACCAGCUGUUAUAGGCAUAGUCCAAGGCAUUAAUUACUCACUGAGUUUAGAAUAG